CUGAUUGAAACCUUACAACGAACGGUUCAAAGUCACCGACCAAAAAAUGAGUAUCGCCGACGUUAUCAACAAAAUUAAAGCGCGAAUGGAAGCGGUUGAUCCGAGCGGUCCAAGAAAAGUGUUGGCCGUAUUCCAAUUGAAUAUUAAGGACGGAGACAAUACGCAAAAUUGGAUUAUGGAUCUGAAAAAUUUGUGCGUCACCGAAGGUGUAGCCGAAUCACCGGACAUAACAGUCGAAUUGGAUGCCGACACAUUCAUUCAAUUGGGCGAAAAACAAAUCACUCUGGCUGAGGCCGAAGCUGAUGGGAAAGCUAGUGUGUCUGGUGAUAGAUCGAUUUUGGCAGCGUUGACCGAAGCGAUGAAAUGAGAGAGCACUUGGAACAUUAGUGCCGGAUGUUACAGGCACAAGAUGUUCUUUUGUGUUGAUUUUGUUUUUGUUUCGUGACUUAGACCGAUUGGCUAGAUAACAUUUUGUUUAAAUGGUGGAUUAAUUCAAUAAAGUGUGAAAUGAUUUGUUGUCAAUCAA